CGAGUGGGAUCUGGUCAGUUCGUUGUAUAUGAACGAUAGCAUGUGUUUUAAGCGCGCGUUCGAAUCGAGUUUGUUUUGUUUUAUUGAAAUUUGAAUACAAUGUCAUCAUCAUCAUCAAUCGAUAAUUGUUUGAUUUCUCGUUCUAAACGAACAGAAAUGAUUGCCAUAAUUGAUAAAGAAAUAAUUGAUUGUAAAGUGCAAUUGCAACUACUUCGAUUACAAUUGAAACAAUAUUGUGCCGAUAAAAAGAAAAAAGAACGCAAUGAAUCGAAUAAACAAUCAUCGGUUGUGGAUAAAUCUAUACAAACCAUCGGCAUGGAAGAUAUAGCCAUCCAAGUGAAUCAUGAUGAUUUUGUGGCAGAAAAAGUGGAAAAAUCUAUUCCAAUUAGUGUGCCAUUAAAAAUAGUGAAUAAUCGACCCAAAAGAACCACCAAGCUACAAAUUGAACACCAAACUCAACCGAAAACUUUUUUCAACCAUCGUGAACAACAAUAUUUGGAUAGAAUCAAUCAAAUGAAACAACGAAAACACACAAACAAUGCAAUGAUAAUGAAUAAAGAGAAUACAAAUGUUGCCGUUGAAAAAUUGCAAACAAAAAUAACUCGUAGUGUAGCCAUUGAAACUAUGGAUCCAUUUCCAUCGCAUGAAUUAGAUAUAAAUCCAUUUUCCGAUCAAACUGUCUAUCUGGAUUUACCACCGCCAAAAUCAUCCAACCACAAAAUGCGACAAAAAUCGAAAUUUAAAACAAAUGAUACAUGUGAUGCGAAUGAAUAUAACAAAGAUAAAGAUGUGGAAGAAUUGAGUGAACAUUUACGGCAAUCGUUGACAACUGUUAAUCACGGUGAAAAGCAAACGGAAAAAUCAAUGAAUGAAUGCCUAAUUGAUGAUGAUGUACAUGAUAAUACAUCUUCAUUAUUUCGAACAUUGUUACAAUCAUCGUCGAAUCAGCAAUCAGUUAGUUCAACUCCAAUUACAUCAACGAAUCAACAGAUAAUCGGACCGACUAGGACAAAUGAUUCAAUCAGCACCAUGACUAACAUAACAUUACCAUCGAUGGAACAAUCUGCGGCCAAUCUUACAAAUCAAACAAUACUGGUUGACGAUAGUAUUGAUCAUGAAAAAUUCUGGAAUGAUGUAUUCACAACAGCCGGAUUGAAGUCAUCAGAAAAAUGUUAAUUCCGAACAUGAUUUCAAAAAAUCAGAAAUUAUUUAUCAAAUCAUAGUUUGCUGCCAAACAGGAAUUGUAACCAGAAUCUUUAGAUCCUUAUUGUUU